AACACGCAUAGCCUCAAACGGGAGAAGUCUGUGCGUGAGCGACGUCACGGACUGUGGGCUGCGUCGAGGAGCCAGCAACAAGCUGCCUCGUAUUCCCAACACAGAAACCCACAAGGUGGUGAAGGUGGAAGGAGGGCUUUACUGCCAGUUGGAAGGAAAGAGUAUCACUGGCCUUUUGGGACAGUGCAGUUUUGCAGGACUGGAGCGGUAGUAAGGAGGAAGCAUGUCCACUGACCAAGAGCCCACGUUCACAGUGAAGCUGCUGCAGCUGCUGCUGCUUUCCACCUACUGGGGCAUGCAGAUUUGGGUCACCUUUAUAUCAAGCUUUGUGAUGGACAGCCACCUGAACCGACAUACUUAUGGGUUCAUUCAGAGUCGUCUAGUCCCAUUCUACCUCCAUUUGGGUUCAGCCUGUGCCUUCUUUAACCUCACCAUCUACGCAGUGUAUCAUCCCAGUGACCUGCUGGAUGAGAGGGAAGCCUUUCAGAUCUUCAUCUUUUUUGUGUCUGUGACUGUGGCCGCCGUCAAUGCUCAGUGGUUUGGCCAGAUGACAUCAGAAAUCAUGGCAGACAUGCACCUCAUUGAACAAGCAUGUGGAUUGGGUCAGGAUAUAGGAUUGUCAUCCAAUCGAGAAGCCUAUGCCAAGUUGUGCGAGACGGAUGCCAAAUACAGACACCUGAGCAAUCGUCUGUGGCUGUACAGACUCCUGUCCUCUCUCUCUAACCUCUGCUGUAUAGGCUGUAACUUCUACAGUCUCUGUUACAUGGCAGAGAACCUGGUCACAUUGUAAAACAAACAGCUGCUGGACUGUAAAUUUGCUAAAACUUAGUCACUCCCAUGUCUCCUCCUCCUCAGCCAUACAACUGCAGAAACUUUUUUUGUUGUUGUUGUUGUAUCAAAGCAAGAAUGCAACUAGUAUAUGCAAUGCACAUGGACACAGUCAUUUUUAUUAGUUAUGAGGGGAAAAUUGAGGUAAUUGUCCCUCUGCCAAAGGAAAUUUUGAAAGGAUUUAGGCUUAAUGGACUUAAUGAGUCCUAUCAGAUUGGUUGUAGCUUUUUGUUGGUUUUCGACAACCAUGGUCACCGAAGCUGCAUUUCUUUUGUGGAAACUGUAGAGAUUGACAGAUUAAUAGAUGGAUUAAUGCCCUCGAACUUAAAAAAAAAAAAAAAAACACUUUACCUUUCACCUGGUAUGCCUGGAGCUGUGGUUGUCCCACGCAGUGAACUGCAGUGUAGAGAUUUCCCUGUAUCGAGAUUGCGUUAUGGUUGGAACUUAAUACGAUAGGACCUUAUGUUAUGAUAGGAAUUUAUAUUACCUGGAUUGUUUUUAAAAAGCUUGUAUUGGUACCAGAGACCCCUUAAAAGAAAACACCCAAAUGCACUGCACUUUUUAUAUGCAAGCAAUAGGACAGCACUUUUGUAAUAAGGAAUUGUUGGCCUACUGCUCAAUCCUGCUCUUCCUGUUUGAGAUGCACCCAAAGAGUUUUAAUGAUUUGCUCACUCCCAGCCACCAUCACGCCUUGAUCCAGUGUUGCAGGUUUGUCUGAGUUAUGUUUUCAGUUAUGUUGUAGGAAGGCUUACUCUACCUUUUGUCCCCUGUGUUUAGUUAUUCAUGUUGUCUUGGCUACUUGUGACAUUUAAAAAAAAAAAAAAAAAAAAAA